GAAGCCAGCGCGGCGAAAGCCGCCGGGUCGGAAGUAGGCGGGACGGGCGAGGGGACGUAUUUCCGGCGGGGAGCUGGCGGCUGCCGAGGAGGGGAAUCGGUGGCGCGGCGGCAGCCGGGGGUGACUCGUCUUUAGCGAUGUCGUUCAUCUUCGAAUGGAUCUACAACGGCUUCAGCAGCGUGCUGCAGUUCCUAGGUUUGUACAAGAAGUCUGGAAAACUUGUGUUCCUGGGUUUGGAUAACGCAGGCAAAACCACUCUGCUGCACAUGCUCAAGGAUGACAGGCUGGGUCAGCACGUCCCGACACUACAUCCCACAUCAGAGGAGCUGACGAUUGCUGGAAUGACCUUUACGACUUUUGACCUGGGUGGACAUGAACAAGCUCGCCGGGUCUGGAAGAACUACCUGCCGGCCAUCAAUGGGAUCGUCUUCCUGGUGGACUGCGCAGAUCACUCGCGUCUUAUGGAAUCCAAAGUUGAGCUUAAUGCGCUAAUGACAGAUGAAACAAUAUCCAACGUGCCAGUCCUUAUCUUGGGUAACAAAAUCGACAGACCGGAGGCCAUCAGUGAGGAGAAACUGCGGGAGAUCUUUGGGCUCUACGGACAGACCACGGGAAAGGGAAAUGUGCCGCUGAAAGACCUGAACGCACGUCCCAUGGAGGUGUUCAUGUGCAGCGUGCUGAAGAGGCAAGGCUAUGGCGAAGGCUUCCGUUGGCUAUCGCAGUACAUUGACUGAUAACUUGGACGGACAUAAGAGUUUUACUCCUCUGGACUCGAUCCUGUUCGCAGCUUCCUAUGGACUUUUCUAUUAGAGCGCGGAAGGCUUUCCGACCGCGUACCGGCAUUGACCAAGAGACUCCUGGUUUUCGGCUGCCCUGUCGCACAGUGGUGACACAACUCUUUUCCCCAGGACGGGGAGGCAGCACCGUUCUGCACGCGGGUGCAAGUUGUCCCUUUCAGUUCGGUUACAGCGGGGCUGGUGCGAUCUGGGGAGUAAAAACUCUGCACGCUGCACUGUAACGGCUGAAAAAGAGAGCACGUCUCACCACUGUGGUCAAUUGACUUAAAAAGAAAAAGCGAUUAUAUUUUUUAAAGAAAGCGUUAAUGUAAACGGCGUCCCUUCUAACUUUUUAGUUUAACGUUCAUCUUGUUUAGUCCGGAGUCUGGUUAGGGUUUUUUAAAAAAUAUAUUUAACGAUAUUUAGAUAUUUCACAAAUUACUGAACCAAGGUAUCAAGAUAUUACAAGUCCUCAAUAAACAUAGCAUUUGGGCUUAACUGAGCUGUAGGGUGGCUGUGCUGCGUCGUGCUGACGGACGACGAAGAGGGUGCCGGUGGGACCGACGUCUGCAGUCGAGCUGCUUUAGUUUCUGGGGAUAUUUUUUUUAGUUGGCGAGGAGCACCCGCGAGCGCGCCUAGUUUGAGGUGUCUGGACGUGGUGACCGGUGCUUGCUCCUGGUGGGACAGGCUGCCCGCAGCCGGGCCGGGCUCCGCACCCGGCCCUCGGUCGAGGACGUCGGAUCCCGUCGCGGUGAGAACCACGAAGCUGUUUCGGUUGUUGUAGCAUGGAAGUGUUUGACGUUUGCAUAUCACGAGGUUAUUAACCUAGACUUAAACCGGUUUCUUUUAUACUCGACAGAUCUUUUUUUUUUUUUGUCUGACGUUUCAUGGCUGUCUAGCACUCGUUUUCAGUUAAAUAAAGACGUGUCUUUCUCCUCCGAA